UGCAAGUACCUUUAAAGAGGGCUCAGUGGAUUCUUUCUUUUCUGCACGCGGGAAUAUUCUAACCUAAAAUAUAAAUUGUGCAACCAAAGUUCUAAAAUUGAAAAAGUCAUAAUUAAUUCACAGAAAAUUAAAUUAAUGAAAUAAGCAUGAACGACCAGGAACGUAAAUUUCUGAUCGACUCUUUUGUUGAAGAUGGUGAGUUUUAUAUUAUAAAGAAAGAGAACAUUUUACUAACUGAUGACUCCGAUAUAAAAAUCGGUGCAAGAAUUCAGUUUGUUUUCAAAAGAAAGAACAAGAAAGGAGUUGAAAAAACGAAAAUAAUAACCGGCAAAAUUAUUAUGGAAUCAGAAUCUGAUGAUAUUUUAACCGAAGUAGCAAAUACUAGAAGAGCAGAAAUUGAAGAGAAUGAAAUGACCAGAGAAGAAAUGAAAGAAAAGGAAAUGCUGGAAUACAAAAAGAAACGAUUAAAAUUCGUUCAAAGAGCAAGGCAAGGGAAUGUCGAAAUGGCACUAUAAUGUUAGGAAAAGAAAUAAAAGAAAAAGAAGAUCUAUUAAAUAAUGUCUCUAAUGCUCUAAACUUAAUCGCGGCAGAGAAGGAGGAACUUUUACGAAUUGAAAACGUUUUUUUAACCAUUAAUAAAUAUUUUCAUAGGCUUUCUUUUCUUUGUAAAGAAAUUAUCUCAAUACACCUAUUUAAUUCAUCAUUCUGUAGUUAUGCAAAUCCAUUUUCAUCAAAUCAAGUAAUUGAAAAUAUAAAAACAGUUUCAACAGUUUCUUUUACUUUCUAAUAAAUAAUCAUCUCAUCCAAU